AGAGAGAGAGAGGGAUGGGCCAGGAAAAGGGAGGACGGAUAAGAUACGUUGUGAUUUGUAGAAUCAGCAUAUAAGAACUGCAUGGAAUAUAGUUUAACAAAGAAGAGCUACAAGAAACUGGAAAAAGCAAAAGAGAAGAGCGAAAGGGGAAAGGAAAGAUUAAGAAAACAGCUGUCAAGGAAUCGUCAUUAUGGAAAACCCUGACUUCUCGUCAAUUAAACAAAGUAGGCCUGAACUGAUUGAUUUUGAGGGUAUUUCUAUGAUCAACUACUUCACUGACAACUGGGAAAAGGUGAAAAACUUUCAAGCAAGACCUGAUGACAUUCUAAUCGCCACUUACCCCAAAGCAGGUACCACCUGGGUGUCAUAUAUUUUGGACCUUCUGUAUUUUGGUAACACUGAUCCAGAGCGCCAGACUUCCCAGCCCAUCUAUAUGAGAGUGCCCUUCCUGGAGUCAUGUUUUAAAGUGAUGCCACCAGGGACAGAACUGGCUGAUAAUCUGCCCACAUCUCCUCGCCUCAUCAAAACUCAUUUACCUGUUCAGUUUGUGCCCAAGUCCUUCUGGGAGCAGAACUCAAGGGUUGUGUAUGUAGCUCGAAAUGGAAAAGACAACGCAGUUUCCUAUUUUCAUUUUGAUCGAAUGAACAUGGUACAGCCUGAACCAGGAGACUGGAACACUUUCUUACAUAAAUUUAUGGAUGGAAAGAAUGUGUUUGGUCCUUGGUAUGACCAUGUUAAUGGAUGGUGGGAGAAAAAACAGACAUAUUCUAAUUUACUAUACCUGUUCUAUGAAGAUCUGGUUGAAGACACAGGACGUGAGGUGGAACGUUUGUGCUCCUUCUUGGGUUUGUCCACUUCAGUUGAAGAAAGGGAGAAAAUAACAAAAGGGGUUCAGUUUGACUCCAUGAAACAGAACAAGAUGACCAACUAUUCCACUAUCCCAGUCAUGGACUUCAAGAUCUCACCCUUCAUGCGGAAAGGUAAAGUUGGAGACUGGAAAAAUCACUUCACUGUGGCACAAAAUGAACAGUUUGAUGAGGUCUACAAACAGAAGAUGAAGAACACCACUGUCAAGUUCCGCACUGAGAUUUAAUACUUGAGUUCUGGAUCUCUAAAAAUGUGUCUGACUGAAGUCUAAAUGCAGUUAAUUUAGAGAUAUUUGACUUAUAAUUAAAUAUACAGUAACUAAGCCAUUCAUAGGUUGACUCAUGUGAAAAAUUGUAAAGCUUUUAAAACUAACCAGUGACAUGACUUUUUAAAAAGUGCCUUUGUAUACAAAAACACUGUGAUGAAACCACAUCUGGUUCAAAAUAAUGCUUUUAACAAUCAUUUUAUUUAAAAGGGUAUAUUUUGGUUUAUAUUUACAAUGUUAUGUUGAUAUACUGAUGGUUUAUGAACAUAUAAAAUGACUAAAGAUUAUACUUGUAGAGAGAUUAUAUAUACUUCCUGUGCAUGAGGGUACUAUAUAUAUAUAUAUACAUAUAUAUAUACACACAUAUAUAUGUGACCCUGGACCACAAAACCAGUCAUAAGGGUCAAUUUUUCGAAAUUGAGAUUUAUACAUUAUCUAAAGGUUCAAUAAAUAAGCCUUCCAUUGAUGUAUGAUUGUUAUGAAAGGACAAUAUUUGGCCGAGAUACAGUUAUUUGAACAACUGGAAUCUGAGGGUGCAAAAAAAUCUAAAUAAUGAGAAAAUUGCCUUUAAAGCUGUUCAAAUUAAGUUCUUAAUAAUGCAUAUUACUAAUCAAAAAUUAAGUUCUGAUAUAUUUACAGUAGGAAUUUUACAAAAUAUCUUCAUGGAACAUGAUUUUUACUUAAUUUCCUAAUGACUUUUGGCAUAAAAGAAAAAUCAAUAAUUUGGACCUAUACAAUGUAUUUUUGGCUAUUGCUACACAUAUACCCCAGUGACUUAAGACUGGUUUUGUGGUCCAGGGUCACAUAUAUAUAUAUAUAUGAGGGGGGAGUCGGGGGUGGGCAAAGUAAGUAUACAUAUGAAUAUCACUUUCAAAAAUGUCCAAUACAAAUGUUACUGCAGCUUAUCAACAGCAGGUGUCACAGUUGCUAGGUGACAGGUGCAGUCCUUUAUUGGCUAGAGUGUCCUAAAAUUAACCAUUUUUGGAUCAACCAUCAAGGAUAUCCACAUCCUUUCAAGGAUGCAACAGCUGAACUGGGGAACAGUUACGGAAACUAUUGAAAACAUACUUAUGGAAACCAAAGAAACAAAGGAAACAAAGAAAAGCAUACAAGAACUAAAAACACUGAUACCACAAAAUGAAAUCAAUAUAAAAGUAGAGAGUGUGACAGGUACAUUCACUUAAUGUCAAAUUACCAUAUUGCUGGAUUCCAAAAUACAGUAACCCCUGGUUUCACAGACACAGCUUAACCCUAGUCCUAGACUAAAAUGUAAGUCUGAGCUGUUUCAACUAAAAAAAAGUAAUGCAACUUAUUAUAUUUGAUUACUUUUUGAUUACUUUUCUAAAUUUCUAAUAUUUUCAACUGUUAAUCAUUUUGAAACAAUUACACCAGGCAGAGUUAACCUUACAGUAGCACUUAACAACUUUAUCACUUGAAUUAAGAUUAUAAUAAGUAUGGGAUAAUAUACAUCUUUAUUUUGUGAUGACAACUGGCUGGAUGUACAUUAUCCCACUUAUUACACAGCUGCUUGCCACAAGAGUAAAUAAUUAGACACUAAGCACUGAUCUGAGUUGAAAUAUUUGAACGCAAAGCUUCCACCAAGAAAAACUAUCGAUCGACUUAAGUUGCCCGGAUGAGUGUGUGUUAUUAGCUUUUACCGGUUGUUAUCAGGGAAUAACACACCUUGUAAUGUCACGACUGACCAAUCAGAAUCAAGCAUUCCACAGAGCUGUGUAAUAAUUCAAUUUAAGCACAGCCACCACAAAUUCAGACUUAACACCUCUGAUUUACUUUGAGAUCAUUCUGAUGUUAAAUACAGAUCUAAAAUCAUAACAAGAAAUAGUCUAACAGUUUUGAAAUCAAAUGUUUGCAUAGUUAUGACAGGAAAUACUGGCAUCUAACAAUGCCUUGAAAAAAACAAUCCUAAAAAAGUAUAUGCAUAAACCAAAUAGGAAAUAAAACAGUUAUUGAAUAAGCAUGUGUCCUAUUCUGUGUCCUAAACUCUUGAAACAUUGGUGUCUCAUUUUAGAGCAGUCAGUGCAAUUUAUGAAAGAAGUUAAUUAAAUCUGUGUGUGGGUGUGUGUGAAACAAAUUAGAUGCAACCCCUUUUGUAAUCAUUUUUGUAAUUAAAUUACGUAAUUCCACUACAUGUAACUAGUUACUCCCCAACACUGAUGCCCAGUGCAUCCCAUUUUAACAAAAAACUAUUAACUUCACAUUUUUUUCGUUUAUGCAACACCAAAAAAGUAAUGUGAUUGGCUGUUGUCACUAUGAUGGGCCCAUCAGCAUCCAAUCAUCCAGUCAAUGUCCUGUGUGAAUGCAUCGUAAGUUCGGACAAUGGUGAGCUUGAACGGACAAAUACACACAAAAUUCGAACAAAAUACCCUUGUAAACACAGUCGGUUAUGUCUCAAGCCUAGUUCAGACUACACGACUUUAAACGUCGGCAGAUCGCAGUGCUGUUCACACUUUGUGACACUACGUAAAUGACCUGCAACAGGGAGUCACAAACACGAGCUGACAUACAGGUCAAAAGUUUAAUUUAACUUAUUUUGUCUUCUGGGAAACAUGUAAGUAUCUUCUGUAGCUUCUGAAGGGCAGUACUAAAUAAAAAAAAUAUGAUAUUUAGGCAAAAUAAGAAAAAUGUAUACAUUUCCAUUCUGUUCAAAAGUAUUUUACCCCCCGGCUCUUAAUGCAUUGUUUUUCCUUCUGGAGCAUCAGUGAGCGUUGGAACCUUUCAUAAUGGACGUCAGGAGGAAAUUAGCACUGCAAACUGUUUGCGUGAUGAUCUGUUCUAAAAAAAUGUCUCCAUUUCUUGUGUCCACACUUUUCUUUAAGCCAUGUUUCUGUUGUUGUUUUUCUUUCAGUGACCUUAACCCAUACCUUGCUCUUUUAUUGGCUGUAGCUUGCCGCGACACCUGACAUCACGGGUUGUCAAAUUGGCCAACAGGUCCAGAUAUUUAGCAUGCUAGAUAUUUGUUUGGCAUCUGUGAUGUUUCAGCAAUGGAUCGGUUUUCCCCCGAUCACAGCUUGAACUGUCAGCGAGCUCAGUGACUUGCAAAUCUGUCUUAAAUCAGCCUUAAAAUCCUGUAGCGUAAACUUGUCAUUAAGUAAAUGUAAACCGUAAAACAAAAAAUAAAAGUUGUCAGAGUUGCUGCCUCUAGUGUUCAUUUCAACUGUUCAUUUGAUAGGUUUUUGAGUUUUGCAGAAAUGUCAGUAGAGGCAUGUAUUUUCAAUAAACCUGGGUAAAAUGUGUCAGUGAUUGGCUACAUUGCUCAAUGCUGCUAAAACAUGUUGUAAAUAGAAACCUUUGAUGCUCCACAGAGUGCAAACAUAAAUACACACUGGAGCCAGGUCUGUUUCAGCAGUGUUGUAUUUUUACAGCAUUCUAGGUUAGCGCCACCUAUUGUAAAGGUGUGAAUUAGCCAAAGGUGAUCAAUCAUUCUGUGUUUGGUCUGAAAGCACCAUUUGUCAGUGAUUCGCUUCACUUUAUCACGUCACACUCGGUGUGAAAGGGCCUGUGAAAAUCAGCAGUGUUGAAUUUAGUACCUGGAGGACCACUGUCCUGCAGAGUUUAGCCUCAGCCCUAAUUAAAGAUACUGAACCAGAUAACUUCCAAGUAGGUGUUUUAGAGCCAAAUGGAGCUACACUGUGACAACACUAAGUAUGACUGGGAUAUGAAUUGACAUUUGAGUUAUAAUACAUAAAUAAAUAAUGAAGAAACUG